UAUUCUUCACUACGUAGGUUAACAAAAUCAAUCCACAUAUCAAACAAACGCAUCCUGGCUGUUUCCAAAUGUUUGGACUGGUCAGGAUUGCUCUCGAUGACACAAACUCCCUGUGCAUCUUCGCCGAUGGACAACAAGUACUCCCUAACCUUGUCGACAAACUCAGUUCCCAUCAUAUUUGUGGCAGUUUUCAAAGCCACUCUCACCGUCCCGCCAAAACCCUCGUUCGAAUCGCCACGCCGUCGUUUCGGAGUUGCGGUUGCGCACCAAUGUCUACGGUUCAGGUCCGUGACAGAAUCGACAUAUCUGAUACCGAGAGAAGCAUCUUUGAUAGGCUUCUUGCCACUCUUCGCCACUUUCACCUCCAAACUCAGCUCCGUGUCGCGGGUGGCUGGGUUCGCGACAAGCUUCUAGGAAAAGAGUGCUAUGACAUCGAUAUCGCUCUGGACAAUAUGAUGGGAACUGAGUUUGUCGACAAGGUUAGGGAGUACUUGUUGUCCAUCGGCGAAGAUGCACAGGGAGUUUGUGUCAUCGAGAGCAAUCCUGACCAGUCCAAACAUUUGGAAACAGCCAGGAUGCGUUUGUUUGAUAUGUGGAUUGAUUUUGUUAACCUACGUAGUGAAGAAUACACUGAGAAUAGCCGCAUUCCUUCCAAGCAAAGAAUUGGAACAGCAGAAGAGGAUGCAUAUAGGAGAGAUUUGACAAUUAACAGCUUAUUCUACAAUAUCAACACUGACUCAGUUGAAGAUUUCACUAAGAGAGGGAUCCUGGAUCUUAAGUCCGGAAAGAUUGUGACACCUUUACCCCCAAAAGCCACAUUUCUUGAUGACCCAUUACGAGUUCUUCGAGCCAUUAGAUUUGGUGCUAGAUUUGAAUUCACCCUAGACGAAGAUCUGAAAGUAGCUGCUUCAUGUGAUGAUGUGAAAGAUGCUCUGGCCACUAAAAUUAGCAGAGAGCGCAUUGGAACUGAGAUUGAUCUUAUGAUAUCCGGAAAUCAGCCGGUCAAAGCAAUGACUUACAUUUAUGAUCUGACACUCUUUCAGAUUGUAUUCAGUCUUCCUCCUGAAUUUGAACCUGCUAUUUCAGAUGGAUGUGAAAGGCUUUGCAUUUCUUGCUUGGAUACUGCUUGGAACCUUGUCCAGUUACUUGGAGAGUCAACUUUCACUGCUGAACAAAAAAGGUUAGCACUUUAUGCUGCUUUGUUUCUUCCUCUUAGAAAUACCACUUACAGAGAAAAAAAAGCAAAAACGGUUCCUGUUGUCAAUCAUAUUAUCCGGGAGUCACUUAAACGAAAAGCUAAGGAUGCGGAAGUGGUGCUUAAUUUACACCAAGCAUCACAUAAAUUCUUGUCGUUGUUCCCUUGUCUUACAUCUGGUAAGGAUGACCAAGUUGUCGAUCAUGAUUGGAUGGGAGACUUGGUUGAUGUCCCUGUCUAUUCUAGAGUCAGGGUACUGACAGGGUUUCUCUUAAGAGAGCUUAAAGAUUUUUGGCGAGUUGCACUGUUGAUAUCUACUAUACUACAUCCUAUUGACAUUGAGGAUGAGCCCUCCCAGCUGGACAUAAGAAGAGAUCUGUUUAAUACUGUGGAGAAUGCUAUAACCAAACUCGGCCUUGAGAGGAUAUGGGACGUAAAACAAUUGAUCAAUGGCAAAGAUGUCUAUACCUUACAAGCCGGUUUUGUGGGGAUGAGUUAGGCAUAAAACUCACUUUCUAAUACGGUAUCAGAGCCAUGGUUAGAGCCUAUCCUAGCGAGUUCUAAGUGGGCAUUCUAUUCUUCUCUUCCACCCGCAAUCGGGCCGUUAUCGGACCACCCAAUUUCUACUAUCACGCACGAGAUGUCUAUACCUUGGCGUGAAGGGGGUGUGUUGGAAGUCCCACAUCGACUAGAGAUAAGGCCAAAUUAUAAUAUAUAAAUGAGGUGCAAACCUCACCCUACAAGCCGGUUUUGUGGGGAUGAGUUAGGCAUAAACUCACUUUCUAAUAACAAGCAAUACUCCUGGAAAGAAGAGGAACGGUUCUA